GCCAAAUAUAGAAUUUGAUGCAGGAAGAAGAGGCAGUUCAGUGCUCAGUGCCAGGUUAAUAACAUCGAGAAGCCCACUCACACAUCUCAGGACUGAACCUGAUGUCCAGGAGUGAGCUGAAGUGAAACUGCAGCAAAACAGACCACCCUGCAGCCAGCUACCUUAGCAUCCAAUCACCAUGCCUGAACAUCACUGGUGUUCUGAUAUGCAUACUUAAAUACAGCUACUGGUACAAAUAAAACAACGAUAAAUCAGUGCUUCCUGGCUUCUGACCAGCUUAACUUCCCUGAGAUGGCCGUGCAUCUGUUGUGGUGACCGUGGUGGAGUGCGCGAGGUCAGAAUCAGCAUGCGUCCGUGGGCGGGGUCCUGGCGCUGGAUAGCCCUGGUGCUGCUGGCCUGGGGGACGCUGCUCUUCUACAUCGGGGGCCACCUGGUGCGGGACAGCGAAUACACACCUCGGUCCAGCAGAGAGCUGGCCAAAAUCCUCACCAAACUGGAGCGCCUCAAGCAGCAAAAUGAGGACCUGCGGCGCAUGGCACAGGCACUGAGGAUUCCUGAAGGACAGUCUGAUCGGCCUGUGUCUGCAGGCAGGCUGCGCUCUUUAGAGGAGCAGCUGAGUCGAGCAAAGCAGAAAAUACACAACUACCAGAGGCUGUUUGGAGAUGCUGGUCCGGGCCGUGAGCAGGAAGAGUACAGGCGGAAGGUGGAGAAAGGUGUCAAAGAGCUGUGGUACUUUGUUCGCAGUGAAGUGAAGAAACUGAGCCAUGUGGAUCCAGCAGUGCUGCAGAAGCACACAGACACAUUGCUGCAGGAUCUGGGACACCAGCAGAGGUCCAUCAUGACGGACCUGCACUACCUCAGCCAGGCAGACGGAGCUGGAGAGUGGAGAGAGAAGGAGGCGAAGGAUCUGUCCAUCCUGGUUCAGAACAGGAUAUCUUAUCUACAGAAUCCCCCUGACUGCAGUAAAGCGCGGAAGUUGGUGUGUAAUAUUAAUAAGGGCUGUGGUUAUGGCUGCCAGCUGCACCAUGUGGUUUACUGCUUUAUGAUCGCUUACGGCACCCAGCGCACACUCAUCCUCGAGUCGCACAACUGGCGCUAUGCCAACAACGGCUGGGAGACCGUCUUCAGGCCGGUCAGCGAUACCUGCACUGACCGCACAGGAGCGUCCACCAGACACUGGUCAGGCGAGGAUAAUGACCGGGAAAUCCAGGUGGUGGAGCUGCCCAUAGUGGACAGUCUUCACCCCAGGCCCCCCUACCUGCCCCUGGCCAUCCCGGAGGACCUGGCCCCCCGGCUCCAGCGUCUCCAUGGCGACCCUUCGGUCUGGUGGGUUUCUCAGUUUGUGAAGUAUCUGGUACGUCCGCAGGCCUGGCUGGAGAAGGAGAUGCAGGAGGCCAGCGUCAAACUGGGCUUCAAACAUCCAAUUAUCGGAGUGCAUGUGAGACGCACGGACAAAGUCGGAACGGAGGCGGCGUUUCACCCCAUAGAGGAGUACAUGGUGCACGUAGAGGAACAGUUCCAGUAUAUGGCCCAGCGCAUCCAGCUGGACAAAAAGAGAGUUUAUCUGGCCACUGAUGACCCAUCACUGCUACAGGAGGCCAAAAAUAAGUACCCAGACUAUGAGUUUAUCAGUGAUAACUCCAUCUCGUGGUCAGCUGGACUGCAUAACCGUUACACAGAGAACUCUCUGAGGGGAGUUAUACUGGACAUCCACUUCCUGUCCCAGACUGACUUCCUGGUUUGCACUUUUUCCUCACAGGUUUGCAGGGUGGCGUACGAGAUCAUGCAGACGCUCCACCCAGACGCCUCCUCCUUCUUCUAUUCUCUGGAUGAUAUUUACUACUUUGGAGGGCAAAACGCUCACAAUCAGAUCGCCAUCUACCCGCACCAGCCCCGAAACACCGAGGACAUCCCGCUGGAGCCUGGCGACGUCAUCGGAGUGGCAGGAAACCACUGGGAUGGCUUCUCCAAGGGCAUAAACCGCAGGCUGGGCCAAACAGGCCUGUAUCCAUCCUACAAAGUGAAGGAAAAGAUCGAAACGGUGAAAUACCCCACUUAUCCUGAGGCGGACAAACUGAUCACGUCACAGAGGAAGAAAUAAUGAAGGAAACGUGUUUUUCUGUCAUGACAGAUUGUUCUCAAAAAAAAGAAGCAAAAGGUUUCGUGCUUUCUGUUCCGGGGCAUUGUGUUUGAUAUAUGACAAAUGAAUCAAAACGGAAGGACCUGAUGAGUUCACUAAGGAAAACGAGAGAGAGACCUAGAGAGAGUGAAGGAGAGAGAGGGAAUCUUUUUUUUCCUACAGGACUGUGUUGGUUUUUUUUCCUUUUUUUUUCCAAGAGGUUGCUCAGAUAAGUGAUGACACAUAAUCCACAAGAGCAGACACUGACAGCACACGAGCGUGCGUGUAGAUUGACUCAACCUGACAUGACUCUGCUGGAUGAAGCUGAAGCAGCAGACUCUCCCACACGACUGAAGCGCAUCUCUGUGUUAGCACAUCAGCGACUCAGAGCGAUUUAAAAAAAAACCCCAAACACCUUCUCAUGCUUGUUUUUUAAAUUAUUUAAUACUUUGAGGCAGUUUUGAAAUCUGUUCUGGCCUUUUAACUCGCUUCUUCACUACUCUACUACUCUACUCACUUCUCCUGCUCCAUGUAAAGUUUCCUCACUCGAUUACCUUAUUAAUGCCUCGCCCACAAAUGUGUUUCAUCUUAGCUACUGUUUCUAGGCUGCACAGGCUUUACAGAACACUGGUAAAAAUCCCCCUCAGCGUAAUUAACAUAAACAAAAUACAUCUCUUUUUAUAGUUAUUGUCGCUAAUAACUAUGUAGUACAUAUAGUUAU